AAGAGGAUUCCGUGCAUAUUCUUAACUAUUAAGCAACAGAGAAACAAAACAAAACAACAGAGAAACCCCAAAUCCAAUACGUGCAGCGAGUGAGAAUCGAAUUUUGUAGUUCCAAUAUGGACGGACCACCAGCAAACGACUGUUGCGCAAUCUGCCAUGGCAACUUCCAUAUCCCGCAUCAAGCCAAUUGCUCUCAUUGGUAUUGCGGAAAUUGCAUUUUAGAAGUUUGGAAUCAUGGAUCUGCAUUACAGCCAUGUAAAUGCCCUCUUUGUCGUCGCCAUAUUACUUUGUUGGUUCCUAGCCAGGAAUCCUCUGAGCAAGCUGAUAAUCCCGAAGCUUCUGAGAUUAUAAGAAAGAUUGAAUCUUAUAACCGAAUCUUUGGUUCACAUUCAACAGGACUAAGCCAGAGACUACAGGACCUCCCGUUUCUGAUCAAAAGAUUGUUCCGAGAAGUGAUGGAUCCUCAAAGAUCUCUCCCGUUUGUCAUCAAAGCACGCGUAUUUCUGGCACUUUUAUCAACUGUCAUUUAUGUACUCAGCCCAGUGGACAUUAUCCCCGAAGCAUUAUUUGGAAUACUUGGUCUAUUGGAUGAUGUCAUUAUUGCCCUCAUCUUCUUCCUUCACGUUGGCACCUUGUAUCGGGCUAUACUCGUGCGUCGUUAUGGAGGAUCUUCAACGUAAAAUUUCAAACUGUAUGAUAAUGGACAUGGUUGUCUUAGUUUUGAGACUUUAUUUUGAACCAAAUUAUCAAUUAGAUAUAAAUAUUUUCA